GUGUCUGAAUUUGAGUCAGUUUAGCUGUCGUAUCUAUAAAUAGAGGGUAGCGCAAGUGUGUACGAUUUUUCAGUUAGUCCUUUUAUUUAUUCCAAAUCAAAUAGUGUUUGUGAGUAAUUCUUGAUCACCGUCGACCGCUUCUGCUCGGUCAAGAUCGCCGCCAAGUAUCGCAGCUGGCGAACCAAGAAUCGCGUCAUCAUCACCAUCACCUGGAUCAUACUGGUGCUGCUCUUCUUCAUCAGCAUCUUCGGAUGUGAGCACUUUGUCGGCUAUCGAGACCUGGCUCCCGGACAGUUCCUCAAGGGUAAAUUAAAUUUUUUUCUUCAGUUCUCACAAUGAAUGAACCUAGAAGAUCCCAGCGAAUUCGUUCGACCGUAAGCGGUAGAUCUCAGGGAAACCGAGAAAGUUUCUUGGCCGAGAUCAGGAAACCUAAAAUCGACUUUUACGAUUUUAGCAACCUUUUCGAUAACAAUCAAUCAAACAUUCUUUCGGAUAAAGAAGAUGAAUUAUGGGCUCUCAGAGAAGUUCUGAGCUCGGGAAGGCAAAAUUUGAUCGAAUGGCUCUUUGAAGUCAAGACUCUUGAAUUAAAUGGACCAAUAGACAGCUACGGAACUAUUAUUCACAUUGCGAAGGAAAUGGGACUUAGUUCAAUUGUUGACCUUUUUUUUAAAAAAUACACUGGAAGAAAUUAUGUCAAUAAUUUGGGACUAUCACUAUUUGAUAUUGCCUGCCAAUGUAAUACCGAAGCAAUGUUCAAGCUCAUAGACAACGAAAGAGAUCCUAAAGUCGAAGAUGACGCUAUUGAGGAGGAGUUGAAAAAAAAAUUCGAAAAAAUUUUCUUGAAUGAAGAACUCAAGUUAUGGGCUCUAAAAAAAUUGCUGAACGAAGCUCAUACAAAAACGUUUAACUCUAGUCUAAACAUUUACAGAGACAGCCUCAACCAAACUCUCAUUGACCUUGCGAAGGAGAUGAAAUUCAACAUUAGUCAAUCGGAACAAUCACUUUUUGAUAUUGCCUAUCAAACAGAUAAUAUCGAAGAAUUUAAUAAGUUUAUAGACAAAAAACGAAAUCUUAAAAUCAAAGACGACGAUAUUAAGAAGGAGUUUAAAAAAAAAAAUCAAAAAUAUUCUCUCGAAUACAGAACAUAAAUUAUGGGCUCUAAAAAAAGUUUUGAACGAAGCUCUGACAAAAGAUGCUAGCUUUAGUCUAAACAUUUACAGAGACAGCUUCAACCAAACUCUUAUUCAUAUUGCCAUGGAAAUGAAAUUUGAUGCAGCUGUUGAUUAUUUUUUUUUAAAAUAUGAGGGAGAAAAUUGUACCAGUGAUUUCGGGCUAUCACUUUUUGAUAUUGCUUGCCAAACAGGUAACAUAAAAGUAAUUGAUAUGUUUUUAAAACGAAAGGUCAAUAUAAAUGGUUCAACGGAUCAACAACCAUAUCCACCUCUGCACUAUGCCGUACGAGCAAUGCAGACAGACACUGUAAAACAUCUUUUGGAACACAAAGCUGACCCUGAUAUACGUGAAUCGAGAAGAAAUUGGACAGUUUUGCACUGGAUAUGCGACGACACGUGUGAAACGAUAUUCGACCGAACAGAUAAAAAGUUGGCAAUGAUCAAGAUACUGGUCGAGAAAAAUUGCGACGUCAAAUGCAGAGACAAAUAUGGCAACAGUCCUGCGUUAUUAUUGGUCAAAGCUAUUGAUAGAAUAAGACAAACAACCAAGUAUCGUACUACUCCUCAAGAAUCAUUUCUCAAAAAAAUCAUAGAACUUCAAUUAAAAAGAUUGAAAUUUGUUUUACCUGCCAACCCGAGCGCGUUACACUACAUCAUUAAAAAUUAUCAUCAAACCCCUGAAGGAGCGAAGAUAAUAGAUUUCAUUUUGAAGCACGACCAAAACCUUAUAGAUCGUAACGAUAAAAACCAAGCACUACAGCUUGCUUUAGACUUCCGUUAUUUUGAUGUGUUCGAGGUACUAAUUAAACAUUCUGCAAGAAUACAGCUUAAUUUACUUUGGCAAAACCAUUUGAAUUGAAUGAAAAUUUAAAUCUCUUGUGCAUUUUACAACUUUUGAAGGAAAAAAAUAUAAAAUUGUCUGUCGAGACCUACUUGAAAUUGGUGCUAUAUUUAAUGGAACCUCAAAU